ACAGCAUACAUCAUUUAAUAAACUACAGCUUUUAUUAUCUCAAGAUGAAGUUUGCUUUGGUCCUUCUGGUCGCAGUGACUUGCUUCUGGUGCUGUGAGGCGCAGAGUGCUAACUUCUACUGUGGCCGUCGACUUGCUGAGGUGCUGUCCAAGUUAUGCUGGGAUCAUUCGGAAGAGAAGCGUGAUGCUGGGUGGUGGAUGUCUGCGGACGCGGCUCGGUCAUUGAGCGGGGUUCGCGGCAAACGUGGUCCUGUCGACGAGUGCUGCGACAAGCCCUGCACCGUGGACGAACUACUUGGCUACUGCUUCUAUUAAGGUUACAUGAGAACACUUGACUGAUUGUUAAAUAGUGAAUUAGAUUCCAGCAUGUUGGAUUGUUUUUGAUGUAGGUAAAUAAAUUUUACAGGUUACCCGA